GAAAAAUCAUUAAUUAAACCAUAAACCCAUUUUUAUGUUUAUAUGAACUUUGUAGGAGAGAGAGAGAGUGAAAGAGAUUGAGAGUGAUUGAGUGUGAGGAGAGCUUAAAACAAGGCCUGAUUUAGCAUGCACGUCGUAGUACGGACACACUGUAACAUCGUGUAUUUAUAGUAUCAACCGCACCAUUCCCACUCUCUCUCUCUCUCAUCUUUGAAAAUGGUACGAAGAAACUGAAUGAAUCGUUAACAAGACUCACUCUCAUGGUGUGUGUGUGUGUGACUGGUUCUCAAAGACUAUCCGAUGAGUCAAUAAGCAUUUAGAGUUGUUAAAGACUAAUGAGCCAUUUUCACAAAGCUUGGGUGGAGAAUGGAUAAUGAAGUUGGAUUUAAGUGGGGUACCAAGAUAGGAAAUGGUGUAAGAAAUAAAGACAUUCAAUUCUUUAAUUCUUUUACUUUAAGGGGCAUUGAAUACUCUCUUUAUGACUGUGUGUGCUUUUACUCUGUUGGUAAUCCUGAGACAUAUAUUGGUAAGCUUGUGAAAAUACUUGAGACCCCAAAUCAUGAAAGGAAAGUAAAGGUAGUGUGGUUAUUUCGUCCUACUGAAAUACGUAACUAUCUUGGUAAUGCUAAACCACAACCACAAUGGAAUGAGCUGUUUUUGGCAUCUGGUCAAGGAAAAGGACUUUUCAAUUUCAAUGAUGCGGAAAAUGUAGUUGGGAAAUGCAAUGUUAUAUGCACCUCAGAUGACAAGAGAAAUCCUCAGCCUUCUGAAGAGGAGUUGAGAAAGGCACACUACAUUUACUACCGCACUUUUGAUGUAGGUAAAACUGAAAUAUCAGAGAAGUUUCCUGAUGAGAUUUGUGGAAGUAAAGUGGAAUUCUUCUUUAACCAGAGAAAAUAUCAGCGGAUUCAGAAGCCUAAGAUAAAGAUAAGGCAUGAGUAUCAAUUAUUUACUGAGUCUCCCUCACCAAAAUUAAACAAGGGGGUUGACAUACCAUGUAAAAUUCCCUCUCCUGCUAGUAGAAAUGGCUCUUUGGUAAAAGAAUCUGAGAAUGUUGCCGGCAAAGCUUCACUUGUGGAGCAUGGUUGUGGUUCAUCUUCAAGUGACUCUGCCAAAUUGAAAUAUGUUGCUGUUGAAGGUGGGAGUGAGCCUGACAUACAAAUCAAAGAUAGAGUUAGAUCUUUGGAAAUGAUUUCACCUGAGAAAACAUCACAUUCUCAGCCUUACAAGAAAAGGAUAAUUGCUCUGUAUGACAAGAGUCCUGCUAAGCAGAAUUCUGGAGAAACCCCUAUUAAAACGUUUGCGAAAGCAGUUCCUGAACAUGCAUAUGACAAGAGUGUGCCCACUAACAACCAUGUUUUGGAAGCAAGUAAGCAGCCUGGCGAUCCUUACAAGAAAAGGAUAAUUGCUCUUGAAAAGAGUCCUGCUAAGCAGAAUUCUGGAGAAACCGCAACUAAAACGCCAGUGAAAUCAGUUCCUCAACAUGCAUUUGCCAAGAGUGUCAGUAAGAACAACCAUGUUUUGGAAGUUUCAAGACAGCCUAACUAUGAUAGGAGUUGGUUUAAACAGCAACCUUGGGAAGAGAAACUGCAGAAAGCUCAAGAAACAGAAUCCCUGGUCUUAUUAGAAAAUUUGGAUCCAUCCUUUUCUUCAGUUGAAGUUGAGGAUCUAAUUUGGCAUGCAUUCAAUGAAAGGGUUGAGGCAAGAAUGGUACAGUUUGGUACAUUUUCAAACUCACCAUAUGCCAAGGCUUUUGUUUUAUUCAAGUCCAAAGUUGCAGCUCAAUCUGCAAUAUGUAAGUGGAACAGUAGUUUCCUGAUUUUACCUGAUGGAAGACCUGUAGUUGGGCGCCAAAGAAAUCUGAGAGUAUCUGACCAAGAAACUACUUUUGCUGGCCAUCUAGCUCUUGACAGAUUUAAGGUUCCAAAGCAACGCGAGGAUCAGAGAAAUGCAGUUGCAGUAUCGACAGCACACUGUACACAGACCAAUACAUUUGAAUUCGAUUUGGCUAUGCAGUGGCGAGAACUACAGGAAAAGACAGAUCUAUGGUGGAAAACUUUACAUGAGAAACAAAGGAAGGAAGAAAAUGAGCUGAAGAGUCAACUCAAACUCAAACUAUAAUUGGUUGAACUAUUCUAUUUCUUGGGCUCCUUUUUGUUGUCACAUACGUUAGAUUCACACAAGUGUUGCCUUGCCUCUAAUUUGAAUCUUUCAACAACCCCAUGCAGAAGAUUGUAAAGGUGGGUAUCAGCUCCAAAAGUUGAUAAGAGAUUAAUAUAAUUUCAAAAUGGUUAUAAUAGUUUCUUCACCAAUGUCAAUGAAAAUUUAUAUGAAUCUAGUUACUAAGUCACUCAUAGCUAUACCAAUACGAUUUCAUGCAUGAAGAUUCUCAAUCCAGAGUAGAAGAACCUUUGUAAAAUUUCUGUUGUCUUGCUACUGAGGAACAAUGGGAAAGGAGAAUGUGUCUUGCUACGACGGAGGAAAUGAUGGGCAAAUCGAUAUUUUGUGUCAGAACAUUUUGAAUGUUCCAAUUUGGCACUUUUUUGUUCCUACAGAGUACAGUACAGACCUACACUAACCAUAUAUAAAGUAUAUACGGGAAUUUUAUAGUUA